AUGGCUGGAAAAGCAUGGGCUUCUGAUUUUAGAAAGCGUCAUCCAGAACUGACACUGAGAAGCCCAGAAGCAACUUCUCUUGCCCGAGCACAAGGUUUCAACAAAGUAAGUGUCACGAAAUAUUUUGACCUUCUAGAAGAAGUAAGGUCUAAAACAAACUAUCCACCUCAUCGCAUUUUCAAUGUGGAUGAUGAUGAGGUGUAUUAA